AUGCUUUUAAUUACAAUAUUUUUCUCAUCAUUUGUGAUUACUGUCGUUGAUGAACGUUUACCUGAUCCGAAAACAUUUCCGCCAUUACCUGAUCUUAUCUUAGAAAAUAUCGAAGAAAUACCGUGGGCAUUUGCUGUAACAGAAAAACUUAUUGUUUUAGAAAUACUGACACUUAUCAUCGUUAUUGUGUUACAUCGACAUCGGAUUAUUAUUAUUCGUCGAUUGUUUUCAAUUGUCGCAGCUCUUUAUUUUCUUCGAAGUUGUACAAUGCUUUUUACAUCGUUACCCGUCGCUACUCGAGUGACAGAUUGUCAGCCUAAGCGAUUGGAGAGUUUUACAGCACGAUUAAAUAAAGCCAUGUUCAUUUUUAUCGGCCAAGGUAUGUCCUCAUUCGGCGUGAAAACCUGUGGAGAUUAUUUAUACAGUGGACAUACAUGUACUCUCAUAUUAGCUGCCCAUUUUAUCAAUGAAUAUACUCCACGUUCAUACCAUCUGCUUCAUUUUCUCAGUUGGAUCACUGCUUUCACUGGCAUGUUCUUCAUCUUGGCCGGUCAUCAACACUAUUCAAUCGAUAUCCUUAUAGCUUGGGUAUUAAGUUCUCGGCUGUUUAUUUACUAUCAUACUCUUGCGAACAAUCGAAUAUUUCUGCAACGAGAUAUUCGACGAAUGCGUUUUUGGUUUCCGUUUUUUUCCUACUUUGAAGAGAAUGUGAAGAUUGCUAUUCCUAACGAAUAUUGUUUCCCCAAAUGUUUUUCGGACGCACGAGCAACAAUCAAUAAUUGGGCAGAAACCAUCCGUUACUUGAUUUAUUGGUUUGUACUUUUCUUCUUUAUUAGUGUUACUUAUUGUCUUUCGUCAUCGAAAACAAUGAAUUUAUCAUGGUUGAUACAACGAUAA